UGUCGUCUGCUAGCGGCAUGAUGGCAGCGUGCCUGCGACCAGAGCCACGUCACGUGGACUCGUUCUGCCCGUUCUGUAGGGUUGAGUGCCGUUGGCGUAACUGUCAGGUUUGUCUGCUUUUGCCUGUGGUAGGUUGGAGAUCUACUUGCGAUGAAGCAGGUGGAUACUUUUCGUUAUCCGCUGAAUCUGCACGAAGAUUCCUCUGACGAUGAAGAUACAACAGGCGUAACGUCAGGCACGACAGAGGAGGAAACUUCGUCGAUACAGGAGAAUUCACCGCGUGAAAUCCUUGAGAACGAUAGUCACCAGAUCAAUCCAAAAAUCGAACACAUUCCCAAUGAGGAACUGUUUGUGGUGGAUUCAAGAGCUCCAACUGUGCUUAGUGCUACUUCAUCCCACAGUGACAGUGAUACUGAUGAAGAGCAGGGUGAUGAAUCUUUAGAUCCCAUUCAGCAACAAGAAAAGGAGAAGAGAACAGUCAAGUUGUCCAGCUCAUUGCAAGUUUCCAGAAAGCUGAAGAAGCAUUUGUACAUCAACCCAGCACCAACGGAAGGAUGGAAGAGUGCAAGUCAACUGAUAUCCCUUGCCAAAAAGUUGUGUAAACCAGAUGAGUUAAUGAAAAACUCUGUCAUUCAACCUGGAUUUGAACAGAAGGAGGCAGUACCUUCCUAUUCAGAAUCCAGGAGAAAGCUGGCAAUUCUCCGAAAGAUAGAACGGGCAAAGACAAAAGGAGAGAAGUGGUACCAUUUACCUGCCACAGAACUGACAGAUGAAAUUAAGAGAGAUCUUGAAGUCAUUCAGAUGCAGAAUGUCUUGGAUCCCAAGCGUUUCUAUAAGAAGAAUGAUCUCAAGGCUCUUCCCAAAUACUUUCAGAUUGGGAAAGUAGUUGAAGGGCCUGCUGAUUUCUAUCAUGCUCGAAUCCCUAAGAAGGAGAGGAAGAGAACAAUAGUGGAAGAGCUCCUAGCUGAUUCUGAAUUCCAAAGAUAUCGAAAGAGGAAAAUGGCUGAGAUCGAAUUGAAGAAACACCGACGCCCCACAGGAGCUCAUCGGCAUGCAAAGAGACUGAAGCAAAAGAAAAAGAGAUGAAAUGAUUUAAAUUCUUGGUUCUUUUUUUAUUGAAGAAUUAAACCACAUUUCAUGGC